AUGCAAUUGUGUUUUCUUUCUAUAGGCAAACUAGGGGAGAACAUGGUUAUGAAAAGGGCGGCGUGGGUGUCUGUGCCGGAGAACUGCUUCAUCGGCUCUUACGUGCACGGAGCACCCCCGUCGGGGAACCCGCUGCUUUCUAACAUGAUGUUUGGCAAGUACGGUGCCGUGGUGAUCUGCAGCCCCCCCAAUCCGUGUGACAAUUCAGACUUUGCAGAACUCGGCUGGAGGCUGGGCCAGCACGUGGUGGGCAUGGCCCCCCUCUCCGUAGGCUCUCCAGAAGACGAACCUGGCGAUGACUCUGAGACAAAGAUGCUCGCUCAGCCCUUCCUCUUGGAUCCUGCUAUCUCUCUGGGACAGUACAUUCAGCCCACAGGGGUGUCUGUGCUAGAUUUUGUGCGAUUUGAAUGCGGGGAGUAUAUGGAGACGGUGGAGGCAGAGUAAAGUGUGUGUGUGUGUGU